GUGACGAAGGAUGGAGUCGGCCGCGGAGGACGUUGGCCGCGGCCUCGUCGCGACGCUAAGUGCUGUGGCCUUGCUUGGCUUUGGCGAGGCCUGCGUUCUGUGCAAGAAGCCCGUGCCAUUGCGCUAUGCGCUUCGCUUCGCGACGCACAACGUGCUGCAUAGCUUUGUGUGGCGAACAAUCGAGUCGCCGCUGCUGUGCCACGCCGCGCGCCUGCCCUCGGUCGCCUUGAACGACGCAAGCUUGCUCUCCGAAGGCCUUCGUGCGGCGCGGUAUCUCAUUGCGAGCUACGGCCUCGUGCACCAGCUCUUGCGGCUCCAUACUCCCGUCACGCCACAGCAGGACGCGAUCCGCACGCCGUUGGACCGCGUCGUGCGGCUGAGCCCCGGUACGUCGCGACUCUCAGGCGUCUCUGCACAGCAAGAGAGCUCAAGCAGCGCGACGAGGGUGCUGCCCAUUGCAUGGAACUCGAUGUCCCGUGAAGACGUGCAGAUUCGAAUGCACGAGUGGUGUCUGCAGCACGAAGCUCCACUGCGCGACGAUCUCUUCUUGCUGGAAGUCGACCUCUCAGCGCCGUUUCCGAGUCGUGCGGAGGCUGACAUCGCCGUGCACGCCAUGCGCGGCCUCGUGCGCCCCUUUCGCGGUCCCGACGCGCUUGCUCGGCACUUGGACGCGAUCGUCGUCGUGCUCGCGUCUCCGUGGGCGAUGCCCUCUGUGCUCGAUCACCCGUCGUGCGACGUUGUUGUCAACACGGCGGCGGUGGUGGCGCAUACGGUGGCUGGCUUUGUCCAGCGCGCGCAAGCAGCACCGACGACCAGCGUGUGCAUCUAUGCGGAUAGCGCCGCGCUCACGCAGGGGCUGCUGCAAGAAGACAUCGUUGCGUGCGCCGCCGACAUUUCGCGCGCGUCGGUGGCAACGACCGAGGCUUUCAUUGUCGCGCUCGAGCAUGGGGGUGCAGCUUGCGUCGAAAGCCUCUUGGCACAAGGCGUCCCACCGACCCAGAUCAUUUGGGUCCAGCAGCAACCUCAAUCUGUCGACUCGGCGGCUUGGGUCGUCCACAUUCCGACGCUCUUGAACGAAGAGCUGGCGGUGAUCCGCGCCCAGUUGCGCUGCGGCAUGUCGGCGGCGCUGGUUCAAGACAACGUGCGCGACAAGUACGGUCCGCUCAAUGCGCUGCAGGGCGACGCGCCGUUCCGACGGGACCGGCACUCGGUGGUUCGUGUAGUAUAACUCCAUUUCGGCAGUAGCGACGACGACGUUGGACGAGGGUUGAUCAUGAAGUAGUAUAGAAACAGACGAGCGUUUAUGUCGCUUUAAGUCAUGCUCGGCCGGU